AUGGGCAACAUCACAAGCAGGCCCGACGACGGGCCCGCUCUGUAUCUUAGAGAUCAGAAUAGAUUGAGCAUAUCCUCGCUCGUCGUUACCAAUUCACGGAAGCGCACUUCCAUCAAUAUCGUUCCAAAUGCAUUUCCAGCGAGCAGAAUAGCAGCCAGUCGUCUGUCUGGUGACAUAUCCCCUAUAGAAUAUGUACAGGACCCCGAAGUGUCGAAUAACUCCAGCAACCCACCAAACUUCCUUCUUAAACUCAACGGCGAUGACGAACUCGUCUUCACAUUCACAUUUGUUAUUCGCCAGUCGCAAGCACCCGCUACCGGAGAUUCUACGUCAACGGUCGUAGACACCAACAUCUCAGGCUUAACCUUCGUUUGCGCCUCAACCCCCCGAGAGGUUUCGAACCUCGUCACCCGCGAGUUCCACGCCGAUCCAAACCUUCACAAGAACGCCAAUGUAGAAUUAGUGGGCGAUUACAGCACUGGGGGCAGCCCAUCUGUAUCUUUUGAAUGGACCUGGAAGUGGAAGCCCCCUAAAUCCCUUGAGGACAAGGGCGGCGGUUGGAGGAACUGCUGCAGCUUUGUCGAAUACGAUCCUCGAGCGCAUCGUUUAGAUACUCUAGCGAGCUUCUCCUACUUUGUUGCCAGUCCAAGCUUGCCUCUCAGCCAUCCCAGUUCUCCUUCACCGCAAUUUCUAUUGGGUUCGCCGCCCAAGAUUCGAGUUGCGUCGACACAGUCGGUCGAGUCUCGGCUGACUGGACUCGAAGUCGAAGAGCCCGCCUCUCCCCUUCUUGGACCAAAUGAGAGCUUAUCGCAGACGAACACGAACCAGACGCAAGAGCCAGUCAAAGUUGACGUUCCGUGCCCUAGAUAUGACGACGAUGUCACUGUAAGUGACGACGGCCCCGUAUUUCGAGCAACUUUGAAAGCUUUGGAGCAAAAGACUGGCAAUAUGCGAGUCCAGAUGAAGAAGGUUCUCAAGCGAGCAGAGCAUGCACACUUGCAACAAAUUGAAGCCAAUGACGCUUUUGUCUCCUUCAUGGAUGCACUGCGUGAAGCUUCUGCCACAAAUGCCAAUGCCUUCCAGCCAGCUUUGGAACACUAUUUUGAUAAAAUUGCACGCGAGGUCGUCGCCUAUCAACGCCAGAACACGGCGAACCUACAAAAAAUCAUUAUAGAGCCAUUGAACAAGCUAUAUCAACUCGACAUCAAGCAGGCAGAGUAUAAAAAAAGGGACUUCGAGGAAGAAAGCAAAGAUUAUUACGCGUACGUAUCUCGGUAUCUGGGCCAACGACAAGAUACAGUCAAGGCGAAGAAACUUGCCGACAGCGACUCAAAAUACCAAAACAAGCGACGGAAUUUCGAACUGAAGAGAUUCGACUACUCCAACUUCGUCCAGGACCUUCAUGGAGGACGCAAGGAACAAGAAGUCCUGUCUCACUUGACCAAGUAUGCAGACGCACAAACAAAAGGCUACUUGGCCACGGCGAAGAAGAUUGAGGAUUUCCUUCCCGAGCUGUCAGCCUUGUCCACCGAAGUUCAAGAGGCAGACAAAGAGUACCAGUAUCGACGUCGAGAGCGAGAGGAGAAACGGCGACAGCUGGAGAAGUCAAACACUCCAUACCUGGAACCAGAGCAAGCCAGCCUCAACAGCUCCGCUCCGCUGACGUCGAGUUCGAACGGUAAUGCCGGGAAUACUUCCGACAGCGAACUUGGUCGUGCGGAUAGCACGGGCUCGCAGAUUAAGAAUGCGAUUGCCAUCGGAGCUGGUGGGCAGGGAACCGUUCCCCAAGGUGUCGAAUUAUCGCGAUCACCUGGAAGUCAGGGGCAAUCGUCCUUGUCCAGCUCCACACAGGGAGCCAAGUUCAAGGGCUUCCGAGAUCUGGAGGAGCGAGAAACUGCACAGACGGCGGUGAGUCAGCGAAAAGAAGGUCUACUGUGGUCACUCAACCGUCCCGGUGGCCAUGUUGACCCACGAAACUUGAACAAACAAGGAUGGCACAAAUUCUGGAUUGUUUUGGAUCAAGGGAAGCUGUCAGAAUACAGCAACUGGAAGCAAAAGCUGGAUCUGCACAUGGACCCUAUCGAUUUGCGAAUGGCUUCCGUCCGCGAAGCGCGUAACGCGGAACGCCGGUUUUGCUUUGAAGUUAUAACGCCCAACUACAAGCGUGUUUACCAGGCAACAUCUGAAGAAGACAUGAACAGCUGGAUUUUGUCCAUUAAUAACGCGCUGCAAAGUGCAAUGGAAGGCCGUGGGGUCCCAGAGCGAUCAUCACCAUCCAAGACACCUGGAGAUUCGUCGCUUAAGAGGGAUAUCGGAUCUAUCUUGACCGGCAAGACCCAAUCGCUGGGGCACGGCGCUCACUCACACCACCAUUCCUCCUCGAAUGCAGGAAUUCCGCAGCGCAGAAUAACAGUCGGCGCCAGACCUGGUGUGAUUCGCACAACAAGCUCAGGGUACGACGAGAAUCCAGAUAAACUGUUGCAAAUGGUCCGCAACGCGGAUCAGGGCAAUUGUUGGUGCGCGGACUGCGGUUCCGGAUCCAAGGUGGAAUGGGUCUCGAUCAACCUAGGUAUAAUUCUAUGUAUCGAAUGCAGCGGCAUCCACCGCUCUCUGGGUACGCAUAUCAGCAAAGUGCGGUCACUUACACUUGACAUCAAGUCCUUCACAAUCGAUAUUGUCGAAGUUCUGUUGCUCAUUGGAAAUCGUGUAUCGAACAUGAUUUGGGAGGCCAAGUUGGAUCCGUCUACGAAACCAAAUUCGCAAGCGACUCGAGAGCAACGAUUGAGGUUUAUCACUGCCAAAUAUGUGGACCGGGCCUACGUUGAGCCAAUCUCGACAACUCUGUCAAGAUAUGCGACGCCAGACGAGACGUUACUGGCAGCAAUCAAGAAGAACGAGAUCCAGCAAGUCCUGUACGCCCUGGCACUGAAAGCGAACCCCAAUGUUGUGGACAAGAUGCGGGGAACUCAUGCAAUUUGGCUGGCGCUGGCGGCGGCAGAUCCAGCAUCGCCGUCGCCAACACCGAGCGUAAACGCUUCUGAGGCAGAGGUCAAAGCUGUACCCUUCCCCGUGGCUGAACUGCUUACACAGAACGGCGCACAGAUUCCAGGGUCGCUGCCAGCGUUUCCACUCGGUCGAUAUGCUCAGCAGUAUUACGAACAAAAAUUGGGCAAAGGCACCAAUUCAGGACACGAUGUUUUGGGCUCGCUGCCUCUUCACCUGAGCUCAAGCGAUAGGCCGCAACGAGAGAGGGAGGCGCGGCUGCAGAAACGCGUGAGUGCUGGCGGGCGACUAGCAAAGUCUCCCAUACCCGAAAAAUAG